AUGCUUGGCUUCGGUAUCUUCGGACUCUGCUAUAAUCUAAGGCUCAACAUUUAUGUCUUUCUAAGUUGUUUAAUUUGGCUGGCCCUUUGGCAAACUGCCAAUGCCGCGUUGGAUGGCAGUGAAAUUAAAUUAGGGGACGAAUCAACAACAGAAUCUGCUGCAGAAUACCCUGAUUACUGCUGGCUAUAUCCUUAUUUUCCGGGCUGUCCACUUGGUCCGGGUGAUGGCUAUACUUCGACCACUGAGUCUUCGACAACGGAAACCACAAAUUCAAAUACCGUCACAUCCACUAAGAAAACAACAACACUGAAGACAACCACGACUAAAUCGACAGCAGAGCCGACAACCCGAAAUACAACUACUGAAACGAAAACAAAGAAACCAACCACUGAAAAGACAUCCCAUAAGACAACAGCAGAGCCAACAUCUGCAGAACCAACGACCAAGAAGACUACAACCAAAAAGACGACGCAUAAACCCACUUCAAAGACUACCACAACCACCCAUACGACAACAGUUGAACCAACGACCAAGAAGACUACAACCAAAAAGACGACGCAUGACCCCAAAACAACGAGAUCAACAACAUUAAGGACUACCGCUGAACCAACCACUCAUAAAACAUCUACUACUCAAGAGCCAUCUACUAAGCAGGAAACAACUGAAAGGACAUCUCAUAAACCAACCACUGGAAGGACAACCACCCAUAAGACAACAGCAGAACCGACGACCAAGAAGACUACAACCCAAAACACGACGCAUAAACCCACUUCAAAGACUACCGCAGAACCAACCACUCGUAAAACAUCUACUACAAAGACUAGUAGAGAGCCAACCACUACGAAGAAAACAACUGAGAGAACAACUCAUGAGCCAACCACUCGAAAGACAACCACCCAUAAGACAACAGUAGAACCAACGACCAAGAAGACUACAACCAAAAAGACGACGCAUGAACCCAAAACAACCAAAACAACAACAUUAAGGACUACCGCCGAACCAACCACUCAUAAAACAUCUACUACUCAAGAGCCAUCUACUAAGCAGGAAACAACUGAAAGGACAUCUCAUAAACCAACCACUGGAAGGACAACCACCCAUAAGACAACAGCCGAACCGACAACAGCAGAACCGACGACCAAGAAUACUACAACCAAAAAGACGACGCACAAACCCACUUCAAAGACUACCGCAGAACCAACCACUCGUAAAACAUCUACUACAAAGAGUAGUCGAGAGACAACCACUACGGAGGAAACAACUGAGAGAACAACUCAUGAGCCAACCACUCGAAAGACAACCACCCAUAAGACAACAGUAGAACCAACGACCAAGAAGACUACAACCAAAAAGACGACGCAUGAACCCAAAACAACCAAAACAACAACAUUAAGGACUACCGCCGAACCAACCACUCAUAAAACAUCUACUACUCAAGUGCCAUCUACUAAGCAGGAAACAACUGAAAGGACAUCUCAUAAACCAACCACUGGAAAGACAACCACCCAUAAGACAACAGCCGAACCGACAACAGCAGAACCGUCGACCAAGAAGACUACAACCAAAAAGACGACUCACAAACCCACUUCAAAGACUACCGCAGAACCAACCACUCGUAAAACAUCUACUACAAAGACUAGUAGAGAGACAACCACUACGGAGGAAACAACUGAGAGAACAACUCAUGAGCCAACCACUCGAAAGACAACCACCCAUAAGACAACAGUAGAACCAACGACCAAGAAGACUACAACCAAAAAGACGACGCAUGAACCCAAAAGAACGAAAUCAACAACAUUAAGGACUACCGCCGAACCAACAACUCAUAAAACAUCUACCACUCAAGAGCCAUCUACUAAGCAGGAAACAACUGAAAGGACAUCUCAUAAACCAACCACUGGAAGGACAACCACCCAUAAGACAACAGCCGAACCGACAACAGCAGAACCGACGACCAAGAAGACUACAACCAAAAAGACGACGCAUGAACCCAAAACAACGAGAUCAACAACAUUAAGGACUACCGCCGAACCAACCACUCAUAAAACAUCUACUACUCAAGAGCCAUCUACUAAGCAGGAAACAACUGAAAGGACAUCUCGGAAACCAACUACUGGAAAGACAACCACUCAUAAGACAACAGCCGAACCGACAACAGCAGAACCGACGACCAAGAAGACUACAACCAAAAAGACGACGCAUAAAGCCACUUCAAAGACUACCGCAGAACCAACCACUCGUAAAACAUCUACUACAAAGACUAGUAGAGAGCCAACCACUACGAAGAAAACAACUGAGAGAACAACUCAUGAGCCAACCACUCGAAAGACAACCACCCAUAAGACAACAGUAGAACCAACGACCAAGAAGACUACAACCAAAAAGACGACGCAUGAACCCAAAACAACGAAAUCAACAACAUUAAGGACUACCGCCGAACCAACCACUCAUAAAACAUCUACUACUCAAGAGCCAUCUACUAAGCAGGAAACAACUGAAAGGACAUCUCAUAAACCAACCACUGGAAGGACAACCACCCAUAAGACAACAGCCGAACCGACAACAGCAGAACCGACGACCAAGAAGACUACAACCAAAAAGACGACGCAUGAACCCAAAACAACGAGAUCAACAACAUUAAGGACUACCGCCGAACCAACCACUCAUAAAACAUCUACUACUCAAGAGCCAUCUACUAAGCAGGAAACAACUGAAAGAACAUCUCAUAAACCAACCACUGGAAAGACAACCACCCAUAAGACAACAGCCGAACCGACAACAGCAGAACUGACGACCAAGAAGACUACAACCAAAAAGACGACGCAUGAACCCAAAACAACGAGAUCAACAACAUUAAGGACUACCGCCGAACCAACCACUCAUAAAACAUCUACUACUCAAGAGCCAUCUACUAAGCAGGAAACAACUGAUAGAACAUCUUAUAAACCAACCACUGGAAGGACAACCACCCAUAAGACAACAGCAGAACCGACGACCAAGAAGACUACAACCCAAAAGACGACGCAUAAACCCACUUCAAAGACUACCGCAGAACCAACCACUCGUAAAACAUCUACUACAAAGACUAGUAGAGAGCCAACCACUACGAAGAAAACAACUGAGAGAACAACUCAUGAGCCAACCACUCGAAAGACAACCACCCAUAAGACAACAGUAGAACCAACGACCAAGAAGACUACAACCAAAAAGACGACGCAUGAACCCAAAACAACCAAAACAACAACUUCAAAGACUACCGCAGAACCAACCACUCGUAAAACAUCUACUACGAAGACUAGUAGAGAGCCAACCACUACGAAGAAAACAACUGAGAGAACAACUCAUGAGCCAACCACUCGAAAGACAACUACCCAUAAGACAACAGUAGAACCAACGACCAAGAAGACUACAACCAAAAAGACGACGCAUGAACCCAAAACAACCAAAACAACAACAUUAAGGACUACCGCCGAACCAACCACUUAUAAAACAUCUACUACUCAAGAGCCAUCUACUAAGCAGGAAACAACUGAAAGGACAUCUCAUAAACCAACCACUGGAAAGACAACCACCCAUAAGACAACAGCCGAACCGACAACAGCAGAACCGACGACCAAGAAGACUACAACCAAAAAGACGACGCAUGAACCCACUUCAAAGACUACCGCAGAACCAACCACUCGUAAAACAUCUACUACAAAGACUAGUAGAGAGCCAACCACUACGGAGGAAACAACUGAGAGAACAACUCAUGGGCCAACCACUCGAAAAACAACCACCCAUAAGACAACAGUAGAACCAACGACCAAGAAGACUACAACAAAAAAAAAGACGACCCAUGAACCCAAAACAACGAGAUCAACAACAUUAAGGACUACCGCCGAACCAACCACUCAUAAAACAUCUACUACUCAAGAGCCAUCUACUAAGCAGGAAACAACUGAAAGGACAUCUCAUAAACCAACCACUGGAAGGACAACCACCCAUAAGAUAACAGCCGAACCGACAACACCAGAACCGACGACCAAGAAGACUACAACAGAAAAGACAACCCAUGAACCCAAAACAACGAGAUCAACAACAUUAGGGACUACCGCCGAACCAACCACUCAUAAAACAUCUACUACUCAAGAGCCAUCUACUAAGCAGGAAACAACUGAAAGGACAUCUCAUAAACCAACCACUGGAAGGACAACCACCCAUAAGACAACAGCAGAACCGACGACCAAGAAGACUACAACCAAAAAGACGACGCAUAAACCCACUUCAAAGACUACCGCAGAACCAACCACUCGUAAAACAUCUACUACAAAGAGUAGUAGAGAGCCAACCACUACGGAGGAAACAACUGAGAGAACAACUCAUGAGCCAACCACUCGAAAAACAACCACCCAUAAGACAACAGUAGAACCAACGACCAAGAAGACUACAACCAAAAAGACGACCCAUGAACCCAAAACAACGAGAUCAACAACAUUAAGGACUACCGCCGAGCCAACCACUCAUAAAACAUCUACUACUCAAGAGCCAUCUACUAAGCAGGAAACAACUGAAAGGACAUCUCAUAAACCAACCACUGGAAGGACAACCACCCAUAAGACAACAGCCGAACCGACAACAGCAGAACCGACGACCAAGAAGACUACAACCAAAAAGACGACGCAUGAACCCACUUCAAAGACUACCGCCGAACCAACCACUCGUAAAACAUCUACUACAAAGACUAGUAGUGAGCCAACCACUACGAAGAAAACAACUGAGAGAACAACUCAUGAGCCAACCACUCGAAAGACAACCACCCAUACCACAACAGUAGAACCAACGACCAAGAAGACUACAACCCAAAACACGACGCAUAAACCCAAAACAACGAGAUCAACAACAUUAAGGACUACCGCCGAACCAACCACUCAUAAAACAUCUACUACUCAAGAGCCAUCUACUAAGCAGGAAACAACUGAAAGGACAUCUCAUAAACCAACCACUGGAAGGACAACCACCCAUAAGACAACAGCAGAACCGACGACCAAGAAGACUACAACCCAAAACACGACGCAUAAACCCACUUCAAAGACUACCGCAGAACCAACCACUCGUAAAACAUCUACUACAAAGACUAGUAGAGAGCCAACCACUACGAAGAAAACAACUGAGAGAACAACUCAAGAGCCAACCACUCGAAAGACAACCACCCAUAAGACAACAGUAGAACCAACGACCAAGAAGACUACAACCAAAAAGACGACGCAUGAACCCACUUCAAAGACUACCGCCGAACCAACCACUCGUAAAACAUCUACUACAAAGACUAGUAGUGAGCCAACCACUACGAAGAAAACAACUGAGAGAACAACUCAUGAGCCAACCACUCGAAAGACAACCACCCAUACCACAACAGUAGAACCAACGACCAAGAAGACUACAACCAAAAAGACGACCCAUGAACCCAAAACAACGAGAUCAACAACAUUAAGGACUACCGCCGAACCAACCACUCAUAAAACAUCUACUACUCAAGAGCCAUCUACUAAGCAGGAAACAACUGAAAGGACAUCUCAUAAACCAACCACUGGAAGGACAACCACCCAUAAGACAACAGCAGAACCGACGACCAAGAAGACUACAACCCAAAACACGACGCAUAAACCCACUUCAAAGACUACCGCAGAACCAACCACUCGUAAAACAUCUACUACAAAGACUAGUAGAGAGCCAACCACUACGAAGAAAACAACUGAGAGAACAACUCAUGAGCCAACCACUCGAAAGACAACCACCCAUAAGACAACAGUAGAACCAACGACCAAGAAGACUACAACCAAAAAGACGACGCAUGAACCCAAAACAACCAAAACAACAACAUUAAGGACUACCGCCGAACCAACCACUCAUAAAACAUCUACUACUCAAGAACCAUCUACUAAGCAGGAAACAACUGAAAGGACAUCUCAUAAACCAACCACUGGAAGGACAACCACCCAUAAGACAACAGCCGAACCGACAACAGCAGAACCGACGACCAAGAAUACUACAACCAAAAAGACGACGCACAAACCCACUUCAAAGACUACCGCAGAACCAACCACUCGUAAAACAUCUACUACAAAGAGUAGUAGAGAGACAACCACUACGGAGGAAACAACUGAGAGAACAACUCAUGAGCCAACCACUCGAAAGACAACCACCCAUAAGACAACAGUAGAACCAACGACCAAGAAGACUACAACCAAAAAGACGACGCAUGAACCCAAAACAACCAAAACAACAACAUUAAGGACUACCGCCGAACCAACCACUCAUAAAACAUCUACUACUCAAGUGCCAUCUACUAAGCAGGAAACAACUGAAAGGACAUCUCAUAAACCAACCACUGGAAAGACAACCACCCAAAAGACAACAGCCGAACCGACAACAGCAGAACCGUCGACCAAGAAGACUACAACCAAAAAGACGACUCACAAACCCACUUCAAAGACUACCGCAGAACCAACCACUCGUAAAACAUCUACUACAAAGACUAGUAGAGAGACAACCACUACGGAGGAAACAACUGAGAGAACAACUCAUGAGCCAACCACUCGAAAGACAACCACCCAUAAGACAACAGUAGAACCAACGACCAAGAAGACUACAACCAAAAAGACGACGCAUGAACCCAAAAGAACGAAAUCAACAACAUUAAGGACUACCGCCGAACCAACAACUCAUAAAACAUCUACCACUCAAGAGCCAUCUACUAAGCAGGAAACAACUGAAAGGACAUCUCAUAAACCAACCACUGGAAGGACAACCACCCAUAAGACAACAGCCGAACCGACAACAGCAGAACCGACGACCAAGAAGACUACAACCAAAAAGACGACGCAUGAACCCAAAACAACGAGAUCAACAACAUUAAGGACUACCGCCGAACCAACCACUCAUAAAACAUCUACUACUCAAGAGCCAUCUACUAAGCAGGAAACAACUGAAAGGACAUCUCAUAAACCAACUACUGGAAAGACAACCACCCAUAAGACAACAGCCGAACCGACAACAGCAGAACCGACGACCAAGAAGACUACAACCAAAAAGACGACGCAUAAACCCACUUCAAAGACUACCGCAGAACCAACCACUCGUAAAACAUCUACUACAAAGACUAGUAGAGAGCCAACCACUACGAAGAAAACAACUGAGAGAACAACUCAUGAGCCAACCACUCGAAAGACAACCACCCAUAAGACAACAGUAGAACCAACGACCAAGAAGACUACAACCAAAAAGACGACGCAUGAACCCAAAACAACGAGAUCAACAACAUUAAGGACUACCGCCGAACCAACCACUCAUAAAACAUCUACUACUCAAGAGCCAUCUACUAAGCAGGAAACAACUGAAAGGACAUCUCAUAAACCAACCACUGGAAGGACAACCACCCAUAAGACAACAGCCGAACCGACAACAGCAGAACCGACGACCAAGAAGACUACAACCAAAAAGACGACGCAUGAACCCAAAACAACGAGAUCAACAACAUUAAGGACUACCGCCGAACCAACCACUCAUAAAACAUCUACUACUCAAGAGCCAUCUACUAAGCAGGAAACAACUGAAAGAACAUCUCAUAAACCAACCACUGGAAAGACAACCACCCAUAAGACAACAGCCGAACCGACAACAGCAGAACCGACGACCAAGAAGACUACAACCAAAAAGACGACGCAUGAACCCAAAACAACGAGAUCAACAACAUUAAGGACUACCGCCGAACCAACCACUCAUAAAACAUCUACUACUCAAGAGCCAUCUACUAAGCAGGAAACAACUGAAAGAACAUCUCAUAAACCAACCACUGGAAGGACAACCACCCAUAAGACAACAGCAGAACCGACGACCAAGAAGACUACAACCCAAAAGACGACGCAUAAACCCACUUCAAAGACUACCGCAGAACCAACCACUCGUAAAACAUCUACUACAAAGACUAGUAGAGAGCCAACCACUACGAAGAAAACAACUGAGAGAACAACUCAUGAGCCAACCACUCGAAAGACAACCACCCAUAAGACAACAGUAGAACCAACGACCAAGAAGACUACAACCAAAAAGACGACGCAUGAACCCAAAACAACGAAAUCAACAACAUUAAGGACUACCGCCGAACCAACCACUCAUAAAACAUCUACUACUCAAGAGCCAUCUACUAAGCAGGAAACAACUGAAAGGACAUCUCAUAAACCAACCACUGGAAGGACAAGCACCCAUAAGACAACAGCCGAACCGACAACAGCAGAACCGACGACCAAGAAGACUACAACCAAAAAGACGACGCAUAAACCCACUUCAAAGACUACCGCAAAACCAACCACAUCUACUACAAAGACUAGUAGAGAGCCAACCACUACGAAGAAAACAACUGAGAAAACAACUCAUGAGCCAACCACUCGAAAGACAACCAUCCAUAAGACAACAGUAGAAGCGACGACCAAAAAGACUACAACCAAAAAGACGACGCAUGAACCCAAAACAACAAGAUCAACAACAUUAAGGACUACCGCCGAACCAACCACUCAUAAAACAUCUACUACUCAAGAGCCAUCUACUAAGCAGGAAACAACUGAAAGGACAUCUCGGAAACCAACUACUGGAAAGGCAACCACUCAUAAGACAACAGCCGAACCGACAACAGCAGAACCGACGACCAAAAACACGACGCAUAAACCCACUUUAAAGACUACCGCAGAACUAACCACUCGUAAAACAUCUACCACAAAGACUUCUACCACUAAGAAGGCAACAACCGAGAGGACAACUCGUGAGCCAACCACUCGAAGGACAACAACCCAUAAAACAACAGUAAAACCAACGACCAAAAGGACUACAACCAAAAAAACGACGCAUGAACCAACAACAAAGAGAUCAACAACUUUAAGGACUACUGCAGAACCAACCACUCAUAAAACAUCUACUACUCAAGAGCCAUCUACUAAGCAGGAAACAACUGAAAGGACAUCUCGGAAACCAACUACUGGAAAGACAACCACUCAUAAGACAACAGCCGAACCGACAACAGCAGAACCGACGACCAAAAAGACGACGCAUAAACCCACUUUAAAGACUACCGCAGAACUAACCACUCGUAAAACAUCUACCACAAAGACUUCUACCACUAAGAAGGCAACAACCGAGAGGACAACUCGUGAGCCAACCACUCGAAGGACAACAACCCAUAAAACAACAGUAAAACCAACGACCAAAAAGACUACAACCAAAAAAACGACGCAUGAACCAACAACAAAGAGAUCAACAACUUUAAGGACUACUGCAGAACCAACCACUCGGAAAACAUCUACCACAAAGACUACUACCACUAAGAAGGCAACAACCGAGAGGACAACUCUUAUACCGACCACUCGGAAGACAACAACCCAUAAGACAUCAGAAAAACCAACGACCAAGAAGACUACAACCAAAAGAACGACGCAGAAACCAACAACAAAGAGAUUAACAACUUUAAGGACUACUGCAGAAGCAACCACUCGUAAAACAUCUACCACAAAGACUACUACCACUAAGAAGGCAACGACCGAGAGGACAACUCACUUCCACCACUAA